AUGGGCGCCGCCGCCGCCGGCCCGGGAGCCCAUCCGGGCCCCGCCGCCGCCGCCCGCGCCCCCCGGCCCGGGAAGUUUGCGCGAGGCUCGGGGGCGCCGGCUGCAGCGGGGGCGCGGGGCGGGCGCCGACGGCGCGGGAGGCGGGCGCGUGCCGCGGCUCCGGGGCGGGUGGGCGGCGGCCGGCGGGGCGCGGGGCGGGCGGCGGCGGCGGCGGCGGCGGCGGCUCCGGGGUCGAUCGGAGCGGCGCCGCGCGGGCCGGGCGCGCUGAUAACCGCGGGGCCCCGGCGCGGCGCGCGCGUUGAUUGGCUGCGGGCGCCGGAGGCCCGGCCAUUGGCCAGCGCCCCGCCCGCUGCGCGCGCCCCCGCAGGCCGCGCACUCCAUGAAGGGCCCAUUAGCGCGGCGGGGGCCUCCCCGGCCGUAAAUUCGCCCCCUGAUUUAUCUCCCCCGGGACGAAAUAAAUCCCUUUACGUGAAGCCCGAAGCGCGCCGGAGCGGGCAGCCAGCGGUCGCCGUCGGGGAGCACGGCCAGAGGCCCGCCCAGCGGCGUCACGGUUGCCCCGACUCAGGCUGCGGACGGAGCGCAGACGUCUCGGGGAACAGGCUCGGGGAUGCAGACAGCCGGGGGGCGCGGGGCCUCGGAGCCCGCGGGCCGGACGGCCAGGCUUGGCCCGCGCGAACCUGCUCCGGUUUCAGCGACAGACGGGUGGAGGCGCGGGGCUUGCCGGGGCCUUCCUGCCGGGCGUUCACCGGCCGCAGAGUCACAGCUCUCCUCCCGGGAGGCGACCCGAGCCCGGAGCUUCCAGCGGACCCCGCACCCCAGCCCGCCAACGGAUCCCCGGUAAAGCUCGGCCAGAGCCGCGAGAACGGGGACCCUAGCUGGCUCGGGGGCCCCGGAAACCCAAGGCCGUGGGGGCCAGGACCGCGGCCUCAGCAGGUGGGCGCCGACGCGCAGAGGGCCUGCAGGCGAGCGUGCGGGGCCCAUGGCGGCCUCCUCUGGGUACAGAACGCGCCGCCGCCACCCCCUUGGAACUGGCGUGGGGGCUCAAAUAAGAUCACGGCAGACCAGGUGCCGGCGGAGAGCGGGCGCGGAAUGCUGGGCGGCGUCGCCUUCGUCCCUUGGGCCAUGUCACACGUUAGUAAGUGGCGGCCAUUCCUUUAUUCGCUUCCCACUGGGACCCGCGACCCGAAGGUGCGCGGACGGACGGCCCUUUGGCGGCGGAGGGCGGCCGGCCUUCGGGCCCCUUACGGUUCUUUGGCAACGACUUUCCUGUUUCACCCCAGCCGCCAGGGACUCUGUGGAGCCGAUGAAAACGACCUUUGCGACUCUAUGCAGGAGCCCGGCGUGCCCUCGCCCCGCGACCCCCGAGGGUCCAUUUUCGUUUUGCGCAGUCAGUGGCGGGGGCUGGGCUCUGCGAGUCCCUACGCCAGACCGUGGCUCGGACGGCCGUUGGUCUCCCAGGGCUGGGCGGUCCGGUGGCCGCCCCUGCCUCGCGGGUGCGCGCACAGUGCUGCCCCAGGGGACGCGGUGCAGCGCGUGGGCCCCCCGCUUCCUGCGGUGCAGCCGGGUGCCCGCGGCGCUCCUCUCUCCCCGCUUCCGCGGCCGGGGCAGCACUCGCGGGACCCAAGCGCGGCCGCCCUGCGGGCGACCGGCCCCGCCGAGCCAGGGCCUGGGAAGGAGGUUCUCCUCUGCGCUUCCCGCGCUGCGUCUGGCGCGAGGCCCGCUCGGCUUCGCUUACGCCACACUUCCUCGCAGGAAACGGCAGUGUGUGUGACCCCGAAAGCCCGGCCGCCGGAGGACCCUCCCCCAGGGCCUGGGCCCCUGGACUCUCCCGCCCCGGGCGGACUGGAGGCGAGCGCCCGCGCGGGACGGCAGGGGCCCACUGCCCUCCAGAAGGGCUCCCGCAACCGCGGCUGGGGGACACGAGGGGCGCAGGAGCUCCGGGCGCCCCGCCUUGGCCCCUCGCACACCCAGGAGGCGCCCCCCAGCCCUGUCUUCCCACCGAGGAGGCAGAGGCCUCGAGUAGCUGCCCUGCCCCCAGCGACCCCGGGUCUGCCAACGCCGCCGGGACCCCUGGGCUGCGGCCAGACGCUUGGGGUCGAGGCUUGGAGCCGCACGCAGCGCGCGCUGCUCUGCCGGGAGCCGGCGGCAGGGGUCGGGUAUGGGGCGCCAGAGUGCGGUUUGGGGGACCGGGAUGGGUUGGGGCGCCGAGAGUGCGGGGUAAGGAUGGUCUCUCUUCCACGCUCUUCUGGCCGUAUGCGUCUCGGUGCGCGCCCCGGGUGCCCUUUCCUGCCCCGCGCGCCGCGGUUCCCGAGCCCACCCUCCACCCAGCGGCCCCAGUCCCGGGAAUGA